AUAUUUGUGACCUCAGAUAGCUCAGUUAAAAUUUAAUCAAUUUUUUCACGUAGACGGUUAUACUAUAAAAUACUUGGAGUGGGGCAACUUUCAGCGAAUCGUUCUUUAAAUUUGAGUUCUGCCACCACAGCCACCCAACUACGCGAAAACCAAGCAAGAUUUUAAUCCCAUUUGAAAGGUGAAAACUUGGAUUAAACAUUGUUAAGUAAGGCAGAAAGGUAGGACUCGGAUGCCGUAUACUUGCUUUUCUAGGGUCAUGAAUUGCAAUGGGACGUUCUCGCCGAGUUGCAGGAAGAAGACAGGGAAGAACACCUAAGCCCGUGCGAUACAUCAAUUCUUAGCCUGUUCCACGCUGCUUCAGGGCAAACAUUUUUCGAGUUCCUAAUAAGAAGCAUCUGCUGUUUGUCGUCAUUUUUCAAUACGUUUUUGAGCAUUACAGCAUAUAAAGCCCUGGAUAUUUAAGUUCGAGGAUAGUCUGAAGGCAUUUUUGUGUGAAAUGGCUUUCGAUAACGGCUUCUUGUGCUUUAUUCGCAGUCUUUUUGCAUUUAAUACGCAUAAGAAUCGCUGUUUAUAGCUUAUGCGCAAAGAUUAGUAGAUAAAUUUUGAAUAAGUCUGCUGAUGCUUGUAUGUUUAGCAGUUUUGUUAUUGCAAAAGAACUGUUGAUGACGGAAGCCUGUUUGUUCAAGCUCCAUCACCGUUUUAAAGGUACGAUUUGAGUCCGAAAUACAUUUUUAACUUUUAUAAUGCAUUUUAUAUAAUACGAUUUGAGUUACACAAUAUCAUAUCAACUGUGUUUAUCGUUGCAACUAGAUAGAUAAUGUCUUUCGUGCACACGAAUAAUAAAGUAGACUUACGAAGCAAUUAAAAGACUCCAAUUCCAAUUCAACACUGCUUAAAAAUCAUGGACCUACAAUCCCAAAUUUAAAGUUUUUCCUUCACUUUGUUUUUAUUUACAAGUGCAUAAAACAUUGACAAAUACUGUAUAAAUUUUCGUUUGAUAGAGCUAUGAAGACAGUUUUUAUGCAGUGCUCUUUAUGAACUGAUAAAGGUUGAAAUUGAAAAUAAUGCCAAACUCGCCUUUCUUGCACUUAGGAAAAUGCUGAGAGCCCAUCAUGUAAUUUUCUGUUUCGAGUAAAUGGAAGCAGAAACUUAUAGAGUAGCUUAUUCCUUUGUUUUUGGAACUUUAGUGCCCUUUCUCCUAUCAAUUGCAUCAAACAUGCCUGAUUUGCGAUAAUAAGCGCAACCCAUUUCACUGUUCUAGAUUUGCAUUGUAUUAAUUGUUUGUGUUUACCUAAAUGUAUGUAAUUUCACUCAUGUCCUUGUUCUAGACUGCAAUGGCAGCACUAUAUGCACCUGCUAAGGAAAUGGUCUUACCCAUAGCUAGCUCUAUCUUUUUGAACGUUGAUUAGGCAAAUUUCAAAAUUUGAAGUUGAUCGAUUUACUCAAGAUACCAAAUAACAUUCUGUCUAAUAUUGAUUGCUUACCCAGUUUCAGAUAUUCUGGUCCAGAGUACAUGCGGAUAAAAAAUAACAGAAGACAAUGACUGCAGUAAACAAUGUGAGUGAAAUGACAGUCUUCUCACCAGGCAAUCCAACCUGGUCAUCCAGCGGCCUUUGCAAGCCCAAUGUUAUCACCUUUUCAGAGAAAUUCACUGCAUAUAUAAUGGCAUACCUUUCGUUCCCCGUAUCCGUCAUUGCCACUUUCUGCAACACUGUCACCUUGUACACAAUAAUCAAGUCCCCUAGACUGCAGUCUUCUUCAAAUGCUCUGCUUGGCGUCUUGUCUGCAACCGAUCUGCUUGUUGGCAUUGUGAUAUUACCCUGCUAUAUGGUCAUUUGCAUUCAUGACGUCACUGGCCAGUCCGACUGUACACUGCGACUGUUCCAUGGCUACUUUUCGCAUUUCCUGUGUGGCUUCUCAGUAUUUAUGGCUGCUGUUAUCAGCCUAGACAGAUGCAUCAAAGUUUCUUUUCCACUGAGAUGCAGAUCCUGGAACCUAAAAGACGCAUACAAAGUCGCAAUUUUCUUCGGGAUGAUAGUUUUGAUUGCUAUCGUGUUGCUGCAUCCGUUCCAGUUGAUAGGUAUCGGCGUUUUCAACGUGAUCGCCUCUUGUUUUAUUGCUUGUAUUCUUCUCAUACCUAUUAUUAGCUACAUCAUCAUUUUCAUAAUAGUGAAAAAAGGUAAUCGCAGCAUUGUCGACAGCCAGACUAGUUUCCGGCGACUUCUGCGACGCAAACGAGAGGCUCGCACCGCAAAGGUCAUAGGGAUUGUUAUCUUGCUCUUGUUCGUCUGCUACUUGCCACGAAUGUUUUCGGUUUUGUACAGAGACAGAUCAACAAGUGGUGGCUACCAGGUGAACAGAUGGUCUGCUUUCUUGGUCUUUUCCAACGCUGCUCUGAAUCCAAUAAUCUACUGGUCACGCAUGGACGAUUUCAAGCAUGUUGUCUCAGCUGUCUUGCCCAACAUUAUGCGGCUGGCGAGGGGGUAUUUUCUGUCCAAAAAGAAAUAAAUGUUCAGCUCUGCUGGUAAAAUCUUGGUGUUGUUUAAAUAGUACCACUUUUUUCUUUCAAAAAUCACUGGACACUUCUACGCUGUUAAAAAGCAUAUGUUGGUGCUAUUGGCACUUGUCGCUUUUACAUAAAGCAGCAUUUAAAGACUUGAUAGUCUUCACUUUGUUAUUCACCGGACCAUGCACGAUUUAGAAUUUGCGAUAGAAUAAUUGGUUAGCGUAUUUCUUAAAAUCUUUGACUAGCAAGAACAACGAAGUGCUAGUCUUUCAACUUUCUAACGGAGAAGUAACUGCCAACAUUACGCUAUUGAAUGCUGGAUUGUAUCUCUCUAAAGAAAAUAUUUCCUUUUACACAUUACAUUUUCGAUGGUGGAAGUACAAUUCAUAAUACCUUUUUUCCAUAGCAGAAAGUAGAUCAUAGAAUGAUAAAAACAUAUCGAAAAUCAGUUCGUAAUGGUGAAAGUUUGGUGUGAAUGACUUGGCCUCCAUGUUUGUCAAACUUCUUUUAAAAGCUAGCUCCUUAGAUACCGGAUUUGGUAUAAACUUCCUUAAAUCUAUCGAUAUCGGCAUUGGCAAAAUACCAAGCUUGCGGUAGGAAGACAUUUAAGGAGGAGUAUUGCGAAUAGAUGUGCUCAUCUUAAAGAGUAAACAGGCAGUUGAAGAUAAUCUUGUCGAUGAAAAGAAGUCAAGCGGAAAACGUAUUGUCGGAGCUACAAAUUGAGCAAUGCUCCAUUGAAUACAAACAUAAUCAUCGUAUAUUAAAUAUUCUAAAUCUGAUUUACUAUAAAGUUUUAACUUGCACACGAACUCUGUCAUUCUAUUGAUCGCAUUUACUAUCUUUAACUUACGUUACCUCUGUCUGUCCAUCUCAAAAAAAUGCAAUACAGCCGUGGAAUAUAUGCAGUACCGUGUGUACAAUAAAUUCAUUUAUUAAUGAAGACUUUUGUAUUUCAUAGUAACAAGGCAAAAUUAUAAACUGCAAAUUUUGAGUAUUAAAAGAAAGUUACGAACAAUGCCACUUAAGACCAUCUACACCAUGUUAGUUAUCUCCUUCAAAGUACUUCAAUUUGUCAAGGCUAAGUGUUUAGAGAUUCUAAAGUUUGAUGUGACGCAACCUAUACGUCCACAUCUCCAGUAGGAGCUAGAACGAGCCUCAUUGAGGUAUUUUUAUGGAGUAUUUGAGCAUCUGAAGGCAGUUGUAAUAAAGCGAUAUUAUGCCAAAACUACCCUUGAGAAGUAUAUAAAGGGUCUUUCCAAAUUGUGACAAAGAUAAGUUUUUUCUUCCAUGCAAGGUAUUUUUUCAUAUUUUUGAAGAGAAUAGGUAAAUGUCAGUACCUCCCGGGUUUUUUCAUUCCUGUCUGCAGUAUCAAUUAAGAAAAUAAUAUUGAUUUAAAUAAAAGAUGUAAAAUCUAAAUUAUGAUCAGACCAUAUGUCUAUGAAACUGCAACAUGCAUACAUUUACAGGCAUGACAUUCAUAGCUCCAUUCCUUUAAAAUAUCUAAUAGUAUGUUCUUUUGAAGCAUCCUAAAUGCAUAUUCCUGCAUAUUCCUACCUAUAAUACAGUGUACAUUAACGUCAUAGUUCAACAGUCUUUUGAUCAACAGGACAUAAAUCUGAUACUGUUCCUAACCAGGCAUCAAUACAGUUACCAUGGAAACAGUGUCCGCAGCCGGGUAGCCUCUUAACCAAUCGACCAAAAGGUUCUAAACAUAUGCAGCAAACGUCUCCUAAUUCCUUCGCAGUAUCAGCAAGGGUCGUUUCUUUGAUGCCACGCAGCUUGGCUUCCGAUACAGUCUUUGCUGGUACUGAUUCAUCCAGGCUCAAAAGGAAUUCGUAAUCAUUAGGUGUUAAUUCUCGGUACUGCAACGCAAUAAAGAGAUCAGUCAAAUGUUUGUCGUUCAAAAUUGAGUUGGUUUUAUUUAUAACGUGCUCGUGCUCAAAAGCUUUUAUUAUCUGAUUAUUUUCUUUCAAAUAGUUUGCUCCUCUUUUUAAUUUUUUCUUUAGUAAAUUUUUCUCUUUAUUGUGUUUUCUGUUCUCUGCAUUUUGUUUCUUGGCUUCUUCUUUUCGCAACUCCUUAGCAACAGAAAUCUUCGAACAACGAGUGUUGCACCGUAGCAUUAGUUUAAUACCAUUAACCACAACUGGCUUCUUUCUAUUUCGUUGUCUCUCUUCGAAACCUUUACGUCUGAUUUUAUGAGUUGAACCAUCUAAAACUGGACUGACAAUGUCAUCAUAUUUCGUUCCAUUAUCGAGCAAUUCAAUAUCCCAUUCUUCGCAUUCUGUCUCCAGGUUUUCAUCUCCUUUGGAAUGGUAGACAUCACACAUCUCCCUUUCACUUCUACAAGGGUAAAGUGAAGUCAGAAUUGUGUCAACCAAACGUUUAUGCUUCGAAGAGGUUUUCAACUUCCUUUUAGAAACUUUUUCCAUUUUAACUGAUGCAGUUGCAGUAUAUGUUUCGUU